AAUGUGUUGGAUCAGCUGUUGGUGCAAUGGGACCUGAAUCUUUGUUAACUCUUCUUCCUCUUAAGUUGGAUGCACAAGAUAUAUCAGAGUCCAACAUCUGGCUUUUGCCAAUUCUAAAGCAAAACAUUGUUGGUGCGCAUUUAAGUUUCUUUACCAACUCAAUUUUGUCGAUGGUUGGAGCUAUGAAGCAGAGGUCUGCAAUGCUUGAGCACGAGGGAAAGAUAUAUUCAGCGAGAACUAUUGAUGGAAUUGUGUACUCACUGUGGUCAUUGUUACCCUCAUUUUGCAAUUACCCUAUGGACACUGCUGAAAGCUUCAAGGAGCUGGAGAUGGUAUUCAGCAAAGCUCUACAUGAAGAGCCUGAUGUCUCUGGGAUAAUAUGUUCCAGUUUGGAGAUCCUUGUUCAGCAGAAUGACAACAUUUUAAAAGGGAAGGUGGAUUUGUCUGAUACUGAAAUAAGUGUUCCCAAAGGACGAGCCAUUGCACGAUACAGCCAGCAAGUUGCAGAAUGUAACUUGAAGGCAUUGAGCCUUUCUUCUCAUAAACUGCUGCCUGUUCUCUAUGACGUCUUCCUGGAAUCCUCUAAAGACACUGGUGGAUUUUUGCAGAGAACAAUUGGUGUAUUGGCCUCUAUUGCUGACAAAGUGAGAGUGAAAAGGCCCGGCAAAUCAGAAGAAAUAAGGAUAGUAAGAGUGCUAUUAACAAGAACCAUGAAGAAGCUCCGGAAUGUUAUCAAAGAAGUUGGGGACGCAGAGAAGGACAAAAAUUCCUAUUCAAUGCAGAUUGAUGAGUCAUCCAGUAAAAGUUCUUUGUCACGGAGUGCACAGUUGUAUGAUCUGGCAGUUUCAUUAUUACCUGGUUUAUAUGCUGAAGAAUAUGAUGCGCUGUUUGAGGCUUUAAUUCCUGCCCUAAAGGACGAGGAAGGCUUGAUCCAGAAGAAGGCAUAUAAAGUUCUCUCCAUGAUCCUUCGGGACCGUGCUGAAUUUAUUUCAAGGAAGACUGAAGAGUUGCUUAACUUGAUGAUUGAAGCACUACCUGCAUGUCAUUUUUCAGCCAAACGUCACAGACUUGACUGCCUAUACUAUUUAAUUAUCCAUGUUACGAGGGAUGAAUCAGAACAGAGGAGGCAUGGCAGUAUUACUUCUUUUAUGACUGAAAUUUUGCUUGCACUCAAAGAGGCUAACAAGAAAACAAGGAACCGAGCGUACGAGAUUCUUGUCAAGAUUGGCCAUGCUUGUGCAGAUGAAGACAGAGGUGGCAGAAAGGAGAACCUACAGCAGUUUUUUAAUAUGAUUGCUGGGGGUCUUGCUGGGGAAACACCUCAUAUGAUCAGUGCAGCGGUUAAAGGCUUAGCUCGCCUGGCUUAUGAAUUUACAGACCUUGUUUCUGCUGCUUUCAGUGUCCUACCAUCAACAUUUCUUCUCCUUAAGAGAGACAACAAAGAAAUAAUUAAGGCUAAUUUAGGGCUGUUGAAGGUACUGGUCACAAAGUCACCGGCAGAGGGAUUGCAAGCACAUUUAAGGAGCAUGGUAGAAGCCCUUCUUGGUUGGCAAGAUAAUACCAAGAACCAUUUCAAAGCCAAGGAUGCCUGAAGAACACAUGAAACUCCUUACUAACAUAAGAAAGAUCAAGGAGCGAAGAGAUAAGAAACUCGCCUCAAAUUCUGAGGAAAGCAGAUCGCUUAUGACAAAAGCAACAACAUCAAGACUAAGCAGAUGGAAUCAUACAAAAAUCUUUUCCGAGUUCGAUGAUGGGGAAUCUGAGAAUAGUGAUGCAGAAUAUAUGGACAUAAGUAGUAAGAGCAAGGCUACGUUAGUAUCAGAGUCCAAAGCAUCUUUAUUACGGUCCAAGAAAUCACAGAAAGCAGCCAGAAAUUUGCUGGAAGAUCUGUUUGAUCAAUUAGAUGAUGAGCCACUUGACUUACUUGACCAGAAGAAGACCAGGUCAGCUCUUAGAGCAUCUGGCAAUCUCAAGCGGAAGCCCGAGUCAGAAGAUGAGGCAGAAAUAAACUCUGAAGGCCGUUUGAUCAUUCACGAGGGAGAUAAGAAGCAAAAACAAGUCAAGCCACCUACUGAUGACUUGGAUGUAAGAAGCAAAGCAGGGAGUCGCUUCUCUGAGAGCUCAAGGAAAACUCAGAAACGGAGGAAGACGUCUGAUUCAGGAUGGGCCUACACUGGAACCGAGUAUGCAAGCAAGAGGGCAGGUGGUGAUGUCAAAAGGAAAGACAAACUUGAGCCUUAUGCCUACUGGCCCCUUGACCGCAAGAUGAUGAGCCGGAGGCCUGAACAUCGGGCAGCAGCACGAAAAGGAAUGGCAAGCGUUGUGAAGCUAACAAAAAGGCUUGAAGGCAAGAGUGCAUCGUCUGUGCUGUCUGCAAAGAGAUCCAAGACUAAAAAGAGAAUCAGUGCAAAAAAGGAUGAAGGUGAAGUCUGAUUUGAUGAUGAUAGGUCAAGAUGAAGAGCUCCAUCCAGAGGCUCCCUAGAUUUUGUGCCAUCGUUUGCACUUGGGGCUUCUGCACAUCCAGUGUACCCCGUGCUUUUCAUAUUGAAGUUUGCACUUGGAGCUUCUGCAUAUCCAGUACCCCAUGCUUUUUACAUCUACCGUUUUCUCAUUUAAUUCAAUCCAUGUUCACCUGUUGAAGUGAUCUGGAUAUUUGAUAGGGUUGUAGGUAGGAAAUUGAGUACACGUAUUUGCAAAUGCAUUCGAUACAAGCUACUUGAGUUGGUCAGUCAUUGGUAAUAUAUUCUUGCAAUAUGCAAGUACAUAAAAAGUAUAUCCGAAUCAUUUGUAAUAUACUAGUAAAUUUAUUUCAAGUAUUUGAUUUGAGUUUCAACCAA